GGGGGGUUUGGCUAAUGUUUCAGUUAUGAUUCUUUCUUUUUCUGGGUAUUAAUUAGGUGGGGUUUUAUUAAAACCAACUUUUUUGAGGGGUUGAUCAGGUUUUAAGAAAUUAUUAUAGAAACUAGAAAAAGAAAAAAACAGAAAGACAAAAAUCCAUUAUAUACAACUUGUAUUGUAUAGUAGUAAGAAGUUACAACUCUUUUUGAGUUUUGGGCUAUAAAUAUAUAUACACAGAUCCCUAUGGAAGAGUAUGGGAAUGCUGGCCGGGAUGCUACCCAGCAUUGUUGCUUCUUCUACUUAGUUGAAGUUCAUUCCUUUUGUUUCAAACUAAAUAGUUUUUAUAAAAAAGGGACCAUUUUUUUUUAAGCUUAACUCAGCUCGAGAGAUUGUAUUUUGGUGUCUAUCUUUUGUUUGUGUUUGUGCGUGAGAGAGAGAGAGAGAGAGAGAGAAACAGAGAAGAAAAAACACUGUGCAUUUCUGUGCAGAGGGAUUUAAGAGUCCCUUUAUAACAACCAUCAUUUUGGGUGGUGUGGUUUUAUUAUUUUGUGGGCAUCUGCUUCUUUGUUGUUUGUCUUCCAAGAGUUUUCCUUCUCUGCAGCAAGACUACAAAUAUCAAAGGAAGAGUGUGUCUUUUUGAAAUGAUUACUUUUCAUUUCCACUCCAAUGAUUGAGUUGCCUUGAGUACCAGAAUAUACUUGCUACUUCUACUAGUAACUGCUGUGUUGUUUAUUAAGCAAAACUCUUUCUCUGCUGGAAGAAAGAAAGAUGAAGUCUUUGAAUGAUCACAACAGCAACAAUGGCAGAAGUGCUGAUGAUGCUAAUGCUAAUAAUACUAAUAAUAAUAAUAAUAACAAUAACAAUACUAACUGGUUGGGUUUCUCUCUCUCACCCCACAUGAAAAACAACAUGGAGGUUACUUCUUCUGACCACCAGCAAGCUCAUCAUCAGUUCAAUCAUCAACAAAACCCGCCACCAACAAGUUUCUGCCUUUCUUCCUCUUCUCCUUCUUCUCAUUUUAUCAACACUUCUUCUGCUACUCCACUCUGCUUUGGUGUUUCUGACAACGUUGCCUUUUCCUCACCUCUGUCUGUAAUGCCUAUUAAGUCAGAUGGUUCUCUUUGUAUUAUGGAAGCUCUCAGAAGAUCUCAUACUGAAGUUAUGGGAACCAGUUCUGCUCCAUCUCCCAAACUGGAGAACUUUCUUGGUGGUGCAACUUUUGGAAGCCAUGAAUAUGGUGGCCAAGACAGGGAAUCCAUGGUGUUGAGUUUGGACAGCAUUUUCUACAACCAUCAGAAUGUUGACCAUGAACCCAACAGAGAGGAGUCAUCAAUGGACCUCCUGCAAGAGCCCAUAAGGCAACAUCCUUUCUACUUUUACCAGAAUCAUCAUCUUCAUGAAGAAACAAGUCAUCAUCAGGAAGAUCAGACCAGAGUCAGCAGCUGUGAUGCUGAAAUCCCAACCAAUUGGGUUGUGGCCCACUACUCUGAUCAGCAUGCACAACUUGAACAACAAAUGAACAAUGGCACAGCCGCCGUGGUGGGCGGCGGAGCUGGUGGCUCUUCCAGUAGUUCUGUGAUGGGCUGUGGUGAAUUGCAAUCUUUGAGCUUGUCAAUGAGUCCUGGUUCUCAGUCCAGCUGUGUAACUGCUGCUCCAAGACACAUUUCAACAACUGAGGCUGAGUGCAUUACAGCCAUUAAUGAAACUAACAAGAAGAGAAGCUGUGGAAAUGUGGCUCAGAAACAACCUGUUCACAGGAAGUCAAUUGAUACAUUUGGUCAAAGAACUUCCCAGUAUAGAGGUGUAACAAGGCAUAGAUGGACCGGUAGAUAUGAAGCUCAUCUGUGGGAUAACAGUUGCAAGAAAGAGGGACAGACAAGAAAAGGAAGGCAAGUUUAUCUUGGUGGAUAUGAUAUGGAAGAGAAGGCAGCUAGAGCUUAUGAUCUUGCUGCUUUGAAAUACUGGGGUCCUUCAACCCACAUUAACUUCCCGUUGGAAAACUACCAACAGCAACUUGAAGAGAUGAAGAACAUGAGCCGCCAGGAAUAUGUAGCUCACCUACGAAGGAAAAGCAGUGGAUUCUCUAGGGGUGCUUCUAUUUACCGUGGAGUAACUAGGCAUCAUCAGCAUGGAAGAUGGCAAGCAAGAAUUGGCCGUGUUGCUGGAAACAAGGACCUUUAUCUUGGCACUUUCAGUACUCAGGAGGAAGCUGCCGAGGCAUAUGACAUUGCUGCUAUAAAAUUUCGCGGUGUAAAUGCUGUGACCAACUUUGAUAUAUCAAGAUAUGAUGUGGAGAGAAUCAUGGCCAGCAACACUCUUCCCACCGGCGAACACGCCCGGCGAAACAAAGACAGGGAGCCUCAAAGCAAUGAGGUCCUGCUGGAAUACCCAAAUGCAGCUGCAGCUAAUAACCAGAGGAUUGAUCAUCAGGAAUGUGUUGUACAACAGCAAGCAAAUCAUCAGAACAACAACAAUGUGAACUUUUCAGAUUGGAAAAUGGCUAUCUAUCAUCAUCACCAACAGCAGUCAGCCUCUCAUCAACAAGAAGAACAACAAAAUCUUGCUUCCUUGGAAUCAUUCAAUCAGAAGAUGCUCAACAAUGUUGGACAUUAUCGAAACUGGCCAUACGAUAUUGUUGGAGUCGAAACUUCGGCUAACAGCUCUCCAAAUGUAGAUGAAACUGUAGCAAAGUUAGGAGCCCAUCUCUCAAAUUCAUCUUCUUUGGUUACUAGUCUGAACAGCUCAAGAGAAGCUAGCCCUGAUAAAUCUGGUGGUGCAUCUUUGCUCUUUGCAAAACCUAAUCAUCCUAACACUACUAAGUAUAUCAGUCCAACUUCAAAUGUUGUUUCCUGGAUUCCAUCUGCAGAGCUAAAGCCAACUCCAAUCUCCAUGGCUCAUCUGCCUGUAUUUGCUGCUUGGGCAGCUGACAUGUGAGACUGUCUUAAAGUCUGGUGGGGUGUUUUUUUUUUUUGCAUGGAAGACAGGAAGUAAGGAAGGAAGAAAGAAGAUGGUGAUGGUAGGACAAUUAGACUUUAAUUUUAGGUAUUUUCUUUUGUUUUCAUAUGAAGUUAGUGGGUGACAGUGGAAAUGGUUAGAUUAAUGGAAGAUAGAUAGAUAGACAGGGUUGGGGUCCAUGUUAUCUGUCUGUAAACAAGUGUUGUUGGGGUAGAAACUUUUUUCAAACUCUAUGGCCUUUUUGAAGCAUAUUGGGAUGGGAAGAUUUUGCAAAAUGGAGGGAAUGGUGAAAUUUUUAGGCCACUUUUGAAAGCUUUUAAAGAGGAGGAUCCAUGAUGAUUAAAUUCUGUGAAAUGAUAUUGCCAAAUAUAUAUGGAAGUGACCCCAUUGUGUAUUAUUGAGUCUGCUUUAUCUUCUGCAAUCUUUUUGCGGUUCUCUCUUAAGUACAAGAAACCAGCUCAAUGUUUCUCAAUAAUGCAGAAGAAAAGGGGGUCUUUCUUUGACCAGAAAUGUGAAAAACUCUCAAUUGCAUCUCCUAAAAUCUGUUCCUCAAUCUACAUAACACCAUGAUUGAUGAUUUGCCCACAAACUCCCUUUUCUUCCUUUUCUCUUACUGAAGCUUUUUCACAAAGGUAACAGACAUUCCUUCUCAUUGUUCAAAAAAGG